AUGGGCACGCCGCCGCCGUCCAACUUGACAUUGCCGGACCUCGGGAAAUCGUACUAUGGACAAGCGGUAUAUCUGGCUACCAUUGAAACCAUCAAAGGCUAUCCGCCCGACGGUUUCUGGGAGUAUGCGAUUGACUCCAUUGCGCUCUCCUACACCGAGUAA